AGGUAUUCAAGGCUUCAUGGUUAUCACAGAAGGUUUUUUUUUCCUACUCAUAACUCAAACACAUACCGGCGUGAACUAUGGCUGCUCCCCAGAUCUCCCUUUCCGAGUUGAGGCGAGGACGUUGUGCUCGGAUCGUUGUGACACGCCUGCUCCGAUUUUGGGAAGCUAGGAAUGCUAAGAAGGGCGGUGAACUAAUGGGUCUCGAUAUGCUUCUGUUGGAUGAUCAGUCUUCUCUUAUCCAAGCAUCUGUUUCUGUCCAUCGGCUUAACACAUUCCGAGAACUUCUACGUGAAGGAGCUAUGUAUGAGCUUAGUGGAUUUGAUGUGACUAGAAGCAGCAAUCAUUUCAAGCUUUGUGAUUUUGUUGUGUCUAUCCGGCUGAACGAGUUUACAAAGAUGGUUGAAGUGGCCGCAGUUGAUAAUCCGAUCCCUACUGAGCUGUUCAGGUUCCGAACUCUUGAGGAACUCAUGGCGUUAGCUAACACUAACGUUCAUCUUCCAGACAUCAUUGGUGAGGUUUCUGAUAUCAGGACAACGUACAAUGAUCACGCUCAGACAACUCAGCGAGUGAUGGUUACUAUCAAAGUAUAUAACGAUGCAACUGUGUGCGUCAGUGUUUUCGACAGUGUAGCUGAGCUACUCCACAAGAGGCUGGAGGCUGGUGUUGUCCAACCUAGAGUGAUGGUGGCUACGAACAUCAAUCCUAAGUUUGUAGGAGGUCGACUUUAUCUCAAUGCUAUCUCUGGGACUCAUUUUUAUUUUGACGUGACGGCAAGCCGGACUCUAUUUUGACGUUGUCUUCCAAACCCGACAAUGACUCCACAAGUGGGAAG